AUGUGGCGGCGAGCGGCGGUGGCGGCGGGACGGGGCUUGCCGGGGAUGGCGGGGCGGCGGUGGCGGAGCUGGGCAGGCAGCCCCGAGCGCGCCGCUGCCGAGCGGGCCCCGAGGAUCUACACGAGAACGGGAGACUCAGGAUUCUCCAGCACCUUCACCGGGGAGCGGCGGCCCAAGGGCGACCGGAUCUUCGAGGCCCUCGGAGCCACGGAUGAGCUGAGCUCGGCCAUAGGGCUGGCUGGUGAGUUUAGCAGUGAAAAGGGUCACACAUUUGUUGAUCAACUUCAUAAAGUGCAGUGCAUGCUGCAGGAUGUGGGCUCCAACAUUGCCACGCCACUCUCCUCAGCCAGGGAGGCUCACCGCAAACGAACAUCAUUCAGCGAGAAGCCCAUCCUGGAGCUGGAGCAGUGGAUUGACAGCUACUCAGAGCAGCUGCCUCCCCUCAGAGCCUUCAUCCUGCCUUCUGGAGGCAGGAGCAGUGCUGCUCUCCACUUGUCCCGAGCCGUGUGCCGCAGGGCUGAGCGGUGUGUGGUCCCUUUAGUGCAAGCAGGGGAAGCAGAUCCAAACGUGGCCAAGUAUUUAAACAGGCUCAGUGAUUAUCUCUUUGUCCUGGCACGUUAUGCUGCAAUGAAGGAAGGGAAGGAAGAGAAAAUCUACAUAAAACCUGAGCCCUAGCUGGGAGCUGGAAUGUUUUGUCCUUGAUCAUGGAAAACUAAAUCCAGCUGACUGCUUUUGUCCAUCAAGGAAGGGAGAGAGAACAGGCCUGGACUGGAAAUGGGAGCUGCCAAGGAUUUCCAUGUGAAAUAACCAGGACCUUGUUGAUAAAUCCUGAGAGGAAGAGAAUUACAGAAUAUCCUGAGUUGGAAGGGACCCAGACACACCUGUCCUGUUCCCUGGGCCUGGCCCACACAUCCCAUGUGGGGAUGGCUCUGGAGCCACUGCUUCUCCCAGCUGGGAGUUGAGGCAGGAGAAUUCCAUAACAUUUUGGAGAUGCCUUCAUUUCCCUGGGCAGCAGCAGGUGCUGUGGGAAGGCUCUGACAGGACUCUGAGGGAUGAUGAAGGGAAAACAAUCAGGAAAACAAUCAGGAAAACAAUCAGCUCCUCCUCUGAAGUCACAGUGCUCGUAUGGAGCAGCAGCUGGAGGCCUUUGGGAAUUGUGUCCACAGCUCUGAAAUAAUAAAUGUGAAUUUCCUUGUACCAAA